GCCGAGCUUACCGAACUCUCUUCUAGCCGAGCUUACCGAACUCCCUUCUAGCCGAGCUUACCUUCUUCUGCCUUCUUCUUCCAACUGAAAUGAGCACUCCAUUAUUACACAAAGAGUAGUAUUCAAAUAAGAUAGAGUGCAAAGAUAAAUUUCCAAACAAAUGAAUUCGGUUAUUCAAAGCAAAAUAAAAUUUGGAUGCAGCACCUAAUUUUGGGAGUAAAACAAAAGGGAAACAAAGAAACUAGACUUGAAAGUGAGCUAAUGAUUCCACGAUGCCCACUUUUAAUCCCUCACUAAAUAUUCUUUCUCUUUUCUGAUUAUUCAGAAGUAGUAUUAAAGAUGAGUAGGAGGAGGAGGUCACGCAACCAUUGACAGUCUGUGUGUCAAUAUAAGUCCACUAGUUUCACGCAACGACUUUUUAUUACAAAUGGGGAAGUCCCAUAUCGGUUUUUCUCUUCUUGUUUCAGUUUUGUUGUUGCUUCAAGGAUCUUUAGUAAGAACAGAUGAUGGAUCAGAAUCAUGGGGCUAUGUUGAAGUCAGGCCCAGUAAGUGCUGCUCCUUUAAUUGCUUUUUAAGUAGGAGUAUCAAUUUUCUGCUCUGAUUCUCUCUCUCUAUAAUGAGCAGAAGCCCAUAUGUUUUGGUGGUAUUACAGAAGUCCGCACAGAACUGAAGAUCCCAACAAGCCUUGGCCUAUCAUUCUUUGGCUGCAGGGUGGACCUGGUGCUUCUGGGGUUGGGAUUGGUAAUUUUGAGGAGAUUGGGCCUUUAGACACCUAUUUGAAGCCAAGAAAUUCAACAUGGCUCACAAAAGCUGAUCUCCUUUUUGUGGAUAAUCCAGUUGGGACAGGAUACAGUUUUGUGGAGGAUCUGGAAUUGCUGGUGAAAACUGAUUAUGAAGCUGCUGAUGAUCUAACUACACUUUUGAUUCAGAUUUUCAAUAAAAAUGAGACUCUCCAAAAAAAGCCCUCUUUAUAUUGUGGCUGAAUCUUAUGGGGGAAAAUAUGCUGUCACUCUUGGAUUAUCUGCUCUCAAGGCAAUUCAAGCUGGCAAAUUAAAGCUCAAACUUGGAGGAAUUGCAUUGGGUGAUACCUGGAUUUCACCAGAAGAUUUUGUGUUUUCAUGGGGCCCUCUUCUAAAAGAUGUCUCAAGGCUGGAUGACAAUGGCCUCAAGAAAUCAAAUAGUAUAGCUGAGCAGAUUAAGCAAGAACUUGAGGCAGGCAAGUUUGUUGAGGCAACAGGAUCAUGGAGUGAUCUUGAAGGUGUGAUCAGUUCCAGCAGUAAUUCAGUGGAUUUCUACAACUUCUUGCUGGAUUCAGGGAUGGACCCUGUGUCCUUGUCAGCCUCUGAGCUAUCACAACAGAUCUCCAUCAGGCGAUACACAAGAUAUCUGAAUUCGUUGAGGCGGGAUACACCGGAUGGUGAUGGUGAUGGUGAUAUCAAUACCCUAAUGAACGGUGUGAUCAAGAAAAAGCUCAACAUACCUCAAAAUGUUGAAUGGGGAGGCCAAUCAGGUUCUGUUUUUUCAGCAUUGGAAGGAGAUUUCAUGAAACCUAGGAUUGAUGAGGUGGAUCAGCUUCUAGCUAAAGGAGUCAAUCUCACUAUAUAUAGUGGUCAACUUGAUGUCAUUUGCUCCACAAAGGGAACUGAAGCAUGGGUUGAAAAGCUCAAGUGGGGUGGGCUUAAAACUUUCUUAAGCAUGGAGAGAACACCAAUGUAUUGUGGGAAAGAGAGAAUAACAAAGGGCUUCACCAAAUCCUACAAAAAUUUGCAUUUCUAUUGGAUUCUUGGAGCUGGUCAUUUUGUACCCGUUGAUCAACCGUGUGUGUCAUUGAGCAUGAUAAACAGCUUGAUAACCAAUUCUAAAUAGAUGGCCUCCUUCAAGAACUGGUAGAAAAUGAUGUCAUACGAAAUAAAAUAAUUAUCAU